GCCGCCUCGCAUGGAAGCCGUAACUCACGUAAAAGCUUCUGCCGUGUGUCAAAUUAUCGCGGCUCAUUAUGGAUGAAGAAAGGUCAGUGGAACGGUUAGUCACAAAUUAAUCAGCAUCGAGAUGCAGGUUAAGCUCGAAACUGUUGCACACCUCACUCAACUCACGAGUGCCCAGUGGCUCGUAUGAUAUCCCAUGGAAUCCCUCCCAUGCUAAGUAUUUCACUUGGACUUUGGGAACUACGCUCGGUUAUGUUUGAGCGAUACAGAGGGGCCAAAAUGCGCGGCUAACUAGUGUGUUUCUUCCGACGUCAAGGCUCCCGUGUUUGUCAAGAGUUGAUCAGCGCAGCUUCUAAAGCUCUCUAUCACAUCCACAGAACACCUCACUGGCCGAUUCCCGCACCUAACAUAGUUCGGAUGUUGUCCUGUGGUGGAACUGCGGUGCUACCGUCCAAUGCCUCCCAGGGAGGACGGUACACCGCGAGCGUUUACUUGGAUUACCGGUGAUCCACGAAGCAGGCAGAAUGUAACACAGAUACGCCGGCACGCUGGACAGAACCCUGGAAACAGGGUCGUCAAUUCCCUUCGAGCAUCUGCGGACAACAACCAGGCAUCUUCUGUGCAUGGACGAGUGUAUCUCGCGCCUACGCCUAUAGCGCCUGUUCAGCUGCAGGGAACAGCUGGGACAUCCACUCCCAACGAGACGCCAUCGACCAGUUCAGCGCAUGUUGUCUACCCUACCACACGGCCACCAGAUACCACGACACCAGCAUCGACGGGUUCCGUGCAGGUCCUGUACCCAGGUACUCGACCGCCAGAACGUAGAACGUCCGCGCUGGUAACGACCAAGGAAUCAGUACGCAGGUUGGCGAUCGAUGAUUUGGUCAAUCACUCUGACGAGCAAGAUAAAGAGUACACAUUGAUUUCAUCUGCACCAGAUACCGCAGGUGAUGUUGUCGGACUGCUGCCAGAUAAGCCCGUAGCAUCGGCCGAUGUACUGCCGGGCCCGCCAGCAACGAGAGGAUGCCACGAGAAGUCAGAAGAGAGUCUCAGACGAGCUGGCCACAGACACACUCCAAGCAAACAUUUCCAAGCGUCGAAGACCAGUGCCAUCGUCCUCCUCCUAGAUAUCCUGGCGUCUGGUCCACUGCUCAUCAUGUCCACAGACGACUCGCAAAUGGAGCACACCCUGCUGCGAACCAGUGCCUUCUACAACGGAACCUUCGAACGCAUAUGGUCACAGCGUCUCCAGGUAGACAGUGCAGCCUUCGACAUCAUAAGCACAAUCGAGACGUUCAGUGGCUCGAUUACCACAGCUGCAGGUCUCAUCGCCGUCAACCGCAUCGACUCAGCCUCGUCAAUUCUGAACCGUGUCCUGCCAACAGUUCACCAGCUCCUGGCAUCCCCGCAUCCGCAAUUAUACUACGUUCUCGCAGAGCUAAGUCUCGACGCAUCGGACAGCCACCUAGCCGGUCUACGCUUCCAGAUCAAGCACUUUGCCGCGGACGAGUCCGAGGGCAUGUUGGGCGCGACCCAUCCCAUCACGCAACUUCUGCGCACACGUCUAACUAACAAGAUGGCCCUGCGGCUCCGUGAGUUCAUCCAGGCCGAGAUCCACACCCUACACGAGCAAUCGUUCAGCAUGCACGCCUACCAGACCACAUGCCACGAGUACUUCCUUGCGCGCAUCCUCUCGCAGCUUGGACGGCGGGACGAUGCGAUUCGAACUUUGUCAGGGCUCACGACGCGCUGGGAGUCAACAUACGGCGCAGACAGUCUGAUGUGCGUCACAGCCAUGCUGGAACUGGCUAAAGUGUAUCUCUCCAACAGACGUGGGCUGGACGCUGAGACUCUCGCUGACGACGCUCUGCAGCGCACGUUCCGAAUCCAGACGAGCAGUCAUCAGCGCCCCUUGUCCGCAGGUAAAUUGCAUUCUCGUAUGGCUUGUCUCCGUACGCUAGGCCGGGUGCAUUCUCUGCGAGACAAUCAUGGGAGUGCUUUGCAAUACUACACGCGCGCCGUCAAGGUCGGAGUGGAUGAGCUGGGGUCUGCGGUGCCGGCGACGCAGUUGGCGCUCGCGGAUCUUGAUGCUGCAAGUAAGAUGGCAAGUCAAGCAGAUUCGUCAAUGCCAGGGGUGCUAGGACCACGCAUCCGUGCAGAUGAGAAGAGGGAGUUGCUGGGUAACUUGACUAGUAUCAAUACUACGGCAGUGAGUUGA